GCGGCGGCCGAGCGGAUAUCCGCUGCUCGCUGUAGUUGACGUGUCCUUGCUGCCGGGGUAGGCGGAGUUAGUGCAGUUUUUGUCGCCCAGCUAGGACUGAAAGGAUGAAGACGUUACUCGUUGUGUUCGUGGCCCUUUUGGUGGCCGUCCAGUGCGAGGAGGGAGCGCGGCUGCUGGCCUCCAAGUCUCUGCUUAACAGAUACGCGGUGGAAGGAAAGGAUCUGACGCUGCAGUACAACAUCUACAACGUGGGCUCCAGCGCCGCUCUGGAAGUCGAGCUGUCGGACGAUUCAUUCCCCCCAGAAGAUUUCGGCAUCGUCUCCGGGAUGCUGAAUGUGAAAUGGGACAGAAUCGCGCCUGCCAGUAACGUAUCGCACACCGUGGUACUCAGACCCCUGAAAGCAGGCUACUUUAACUUCACGUCGGCUACCAUCACCUACCUGGCACAAGAAGGAGCGCAAGUCGUGGUUGGAUACACCAGCGCCCCCGGACAAGGAGGGAUCCUGGCCCAGCGCGAGUUCGACAGGCGCUUCUCCCCUCACUUUCUGGACUGGGCCGCGUUUGGGGUGAUGACUCUCCCGUCCAUUGGAAUCCCCCUCCUGCUGUGGUAUUCCAGCAAGAGAAAGUACGACACCCCCAAAGCCAAAAAGAACUGAAGAAAAUCUGCCGGCUGAAGAUGUUCUCGCGACCCGUUUGGCUGCUCUACAUCCCGGCCUUUUCCUCUAACCUCAUCACGGAUCCCACACCCAGAAUAUUGGCUGCCCAAGCUGCACCCCCAUACCAUCUCUGCCCGCCAGGAACGUCCCCUGGACGAUGGCAGAAAGCAGCUCCACAUUUUCUGUUAAAAUGGAUAUUUUUGGUAAUAUUUUCUCCUGCUUGCCCCCGACAUGCCCGUUUCUACAAGGAGAGUCAAAGCUUUCCCUUUUUCCAACCCCGGGCUGCCGCGUUCUAAUGAGGUUAUUACGCGAAAGGAAGCGAUGCCUCUUCCUGGACAGUUCUGCCCGUCUUUCUUAUGUGGGUGACUAUUAAAGGGACAGGUUUUCUAAUAAAAUCGACAGAAAACAA